AUGAAGUUUUUACUAGAACAACCAACAUAUCCCUUAUAUAAUAAUCAAGAACGGAUAAAACUGUUUCAAGAUAAUGAAUUAUUAGAUGAUAAAGAUUCUCCAUCAUCAAUUGAAACUUUACAAUCUGUUCUUGAAAAAACAUUUUUUACUAAUAAAAUAUCAAAUUCAAUAAAUAAUAAUGAUUUUAUUAAUAAAUCUGACAAUUUUUCAACAAAUCAUUUUGUUUCUACUAUAAGUCAUAAUCAAUUCAAUACGAAUUGUUCUUUAUUAUCAAAGAGAAUACAAAAAUAUUCUCUUUCAAAUCAUUCAACAAUGGCUAUAACAGCAAUAACAAGUUUUUCAGAAGAACAAACAAAUAGUUUCGAUUAUGAUAAUACUUAUUUAUAUCCUGAAGAUAUAAAUAAAUUAGAUGAUAUUUCAUCUUUGACAACAAUUACAUCACAUUUACCAAUGGAAUUAAAUGCUAUUGAACAAGAUACAAGUGUUUAUUCAGAUAUGACUAGUUUUCGUUCAGAUAUAGAUGACAUUUCAGAAUCAAUAACAUUCGAUGUCCAACAAAAUAAUAUCACUUCUGAUAUACAAAACUUAAAUGUCAAAAAUGAAGAUGAAAAUAUUAUGCCAACAAAUCUUAAUUUAACUCCAUCUAAUUGUGAAUUUAGUGGUUUAGUUUAUGCAACAAAAUGUACAGUUAUAAAAGAAGACGAAAAUGAUGAUGAUGAUGAUGAACAAACUUUAUCCCUUUAUGAUAAUGUUGAUUAUUAUUCUGAACAAAAUAAUAAGAUAAGGUCACAUGCAGACAAUGUCUCGUUAAAUUCAUCGAUGACAUCGUCUAUGCAAGACGAUCAUUGUCCUAUGACUUUUACCGGUGAACAACAAAAUAAACACGGGAAAAAGAGAACAAAUGAACAAGAAGAAGAUGAUGAUGAUGAUGAUGAUGAGGAUGAGGAUGAGGAUGAUUAUUUUAUAGUAUAUCAACAAAAAACAGUUGAUCAGUUAACAAUGAUGAAUAGUGAAAAUGAAAUUGAAAUAGAAGAAGAAGAAGAAGAAGGAUAUGAUCAUGAUGAUGAACAUUUUGAAUCAACUAAAUUAGUUGAUAAUGGACAACAUGGUGGAAUUCUUUCUGAUGAGUCUCAAUAUUCAGAUGAUUUAAGAUAUUCAUUAGAUACAGCACAAAAUAGUUGUACUAAUGAUGAUCAUAAUAAUACAAGUUCAACAUUACGUCAAGAAGCAAUUUCAAUAACAAAAGUUCGUUGUAAACAACGUAAAAAUUGGAUACAUUCAUCAUCAACAGUCAAUAAUAAUUCAAGAAAUUUUAUUAAGCCAUUUUCCUUAAAUAAUCAUGGUAAGAAUAAAUAA